UCCUCCCUCCCCAGUCUCUACCGCAGCAGCACGUGCCGACCGCGAGGUGCUGCCACCUCAGUGCAAUCAGACAGCUUUCGGUGCAGCGACCAGCAGCAGCAGUCGUCGCUCUUUCCGUUCAGUCGCUCGCCGACGCUCGAGCCUCGUGGUCGCGCUCGCUCGAGACAUCCAGCUCGUGUAUACUCACGUACACCACUCAACGUAAAGCACGACGCACGUUUUGAUACAAACAGACAGAAGUCGUUCGCCGGUAGCGCGCGAGUGUGCCCACGCAUAGAGGAGCUCAGUCCAGUGCUCCGCUGCUCCAAGUGGGUCAGUGUCCUCGUAAAGCGCUCGUUACACGACGAGCGUGAAAGUGAUCGGAGCUGCUGCAGCCGUCGCCAUGAGCCGCCCCGACGACACCUAGCAGCGACACACACGGCUCUAUUUUUCCUCUUGCCUUCGUAUCGUGCCUUCUGGUCAAAGAGAGAGAGAGAGAGAGAGAGAGAGAAGAGGACGAAGAGAGAGAGAGAGAGAGAGACCGGCUAAUGACCAACGUCAACAGGAUCAGGGUGGUCGUCCUCGGCGGCCCCAGAGUCGGCAAAUCAGCGGUGGUAGUGCGAUACCUGACGCGGCGCUACAUCGGCGAGUACAGCUCGACGAGCGAUUUUCUGUACAGGCACAGCGUCACCAUCGACAACGUCACCACCGAGGUCGAGAUCCUGGACACGUCGAGAUGCGAGGAGAACGGCUGUCUGUACUCGCACAUAAGAUGGGGCGAGGCCUUCGUCAUUGUCUACAGCGUGACAUGCAAGCGCAGCUUCCAGGAGGCAAGAGGCUUGCUCAAGCAGCUUGCCGAUCUCAGGCUGCCUUCCUACUUCACCGCCCUGCUCCUCGGCAACAAGAGAGAUCUCGAUCACGCUCGGGAAGUGUGCGUGGACGAGGGCCAGCAGUUGUCCUUAGCCCACGGCUGUCAGUUCUACGAAGUGAGCGCGGCCGAGAGUCCAGCCGGUGCAGCCUUGGCCUUCCAGGGUCUCCUGCGCGAGGCUCGUUCGGUCCAGCUUCUCCGAGCUCUGCCCAUCCGGCGCAAACUCGGCGUCCACUCGGUCUCCCGCGUCCUCGGCACCAUCUUCGGCAAGAACAACAGCAACACCACCAGCAACAAUAACAAUAACAACAACAAUAAUAAUAACAACAACAACAAUAAUAAUAACAACAGCAGUGGUACGAAGGACAGGAAGAAGAGGCCGUCGCUGAGCAUAUGACGGCUCCUCUGCGCCCUCCUCCUCGGCGCGGCUGACCCGCGUGACGAGCCUGGCUCCAGGCAGGACGUCGUCGUCCUCAGUAGUCGAGCCGCGGUGGCCGGUCCUCCGGGCUACUGCUGCUGACACACGUUCCGCGCGCCCGAUCGCUGCCGAUUUUUCACAUACUUCGAGCAUGGAUGCAUGAAUCUUAUUAUUAUUAUUAUUUUUUUUUUUUUGUUUUUAUUUAAGAGUGUACGUGGUUCUAUACGUCAUCGAUUUCAUCUUUAGGACUGUAAGAUCGAUCGUGACCAUGAUAAUCCGUGUUUUUGUCGAUGAUCAUUCUUUUUUUUUAUCUUCAGAGAUCGCGCGUGCAGAAAGAUGCAUUUAAAUGAAACACGCUCUAUUUUUGUACGUAUUCAAGCAAAAGCCAAAUUUCGAAACGGUACCCGUUAGCGAUAACGGGCGGAAUUAUUCGUUUUUAUCGUCGAAGGCACGCCCACGCGCGUGUGAGUGCGCCGUAAGUGAGAAGUAUUUAGUAUUAUAAUAAACGCGAGCGACGAAAAAUUAUUAAUGAAUCGACGCGAAAAAAGAAAGUUAAAAAACGCCAUCGGAGAGAUAAAGAGCUCACCGGUCUUCCGAUUUCGCAAGAGUGUCGGAGCCGAAAAAAGAGAGAAAAAAAACGAAAGUCGAAAACGUGUGUGCGUUCGAUGAGAUAUACAUACAUAUGUGUGCGAGUGUGCAUCGGUGUGACGAGCGCAGAGACGACGACGACGAGGAGGAACAGGUGAGAGAGUGGCGCUAAUGCAAACGAGGAGCUGUAUAGUAUAAAGAGAGAAGAAAAAAGAAUGGCGAGAAUCAAGCCAUCAUCAUUAGCUGACGCGAACAUUUUGUACAUAUUAUUAUUAUUAUACGGUAGGCGCGAUGAUUCUUUUUUUUUUUUUUUUUUGUAAGGAGCGAAAUGAAUCGACGGUUUUAAUAGUGAUAUAUUGAUAAUCGGACGUUUUUAUAAUUUUCUCUCGUUUUUAUUCGCGAGCGAGGCGAGAAAAAGGUAGGAAGUAUAAAAUUUUAAGUUUCCGAUUGACGAGCGAUCGAGUGUGCGCGGCUUUUAUAUCCGAGAUAACGCGGCGCCGCAUUAUGUACUCGAAAUCGCGCUUGGAGAGCUGAAACUUGCUUUUUGAAAUUGAAUAUUUGAGCGAAAAAAAAAAUUUUUAAAACGUGAUAUUGAAUCUGUAUUAUUAUAUAUCGAAAUUUUACUAGCCGAUGCGCGCAAGUUUUGUAAAUCCUCAUGUUCCUAAAAUUGUAUAGAGUAUAUAUUAAACGAAAAAUAGGUAAACAUAACUCGUCUGCACAGUCGAUUUUGUAUACCACACAUAGAGUUAGGUACGUUAUUAUACACAUGAAAUAUACGAGCGAAUGCGAGCCAUACUAUAGCUAUAUAAAUAGUAGAGGUAGUGAGUUCGGAUGGGUUAUAUAUAUACAUACAAUGUAUAAAGUAUAUAUUUUGCUACGACCUGUGUAUAGAUAAAAUAAUUUUGUAAUAUACGAAGCAAAAGAACGACAAUAUAUACAGAUACAGGGGCGUAUAUAUUUAUACGGAAAGGAAAAAUCCGACGCCGCAUUGAGUCUUCCCUCUUGGCAACAAUGCAAUAAAGCGAAAAAAGCCGCUUCUUCUGCAGCUUUGUAGUUUGUACAUUUUAUCCCCUUUUCGCCGAUCAUUUUUUUACUUCUAUACACACAUAAAUACACGUACACCAUAGCGUUAUAUACAUAGGCAUAUACAUAGAGAUAUACACGUUGUAAUGCAUAUACGACACAGACGCGAUGCGAAAAACCAUUUAUUCUUUGGGCGCUCGCGCGUCUCUCGUCGGAUAUUGUCAAUGCUAUAGAUUUGUAUCAUAUACACAUCCCUCUCACAGUGCCUUUUAUUCGUAUAUAUACACACACAUGUUCAUGUAGACGAGAGAGAGAGAGAGCGAGCGCUCGCCCCGAGGCCUUUUACAUUCCAAUAUACAUAUAAGUGUGUAUAAUAUUUCUGUACAUGAAUUUUCGAGAGACUUUUUCCGACUUCAAUAAUAUCACUCUGAACGAUGUGUACGUGUAAAAACACAGGCAGCAGACAAAGCCGGAGAACGUCGACGUAUGCACUGUAUGUUCUUUAAUGUAGACACAUAAGUUUAUACGCUCGAUAAAUCGAAUGAGAGAAAACUGUAUUGUAAGUGCUAGUCACUUGUUUAUAUAGAAUUAAAAAUUCUUGAAGAGAAAAAGAGAAAAAAAUAAACUUCUUUGGUUAUAGAACCUCAGCACAUCCGUU